AAAAAUUGUACGAAACGCACCGCACGAAAACAAUUUUAACAUCUCCACCAUUUUUGCCCCUUUCAAGUCUCUGCAUCUGCUCUCACCAAAAACUGAAUAAAGAAAACUUCACUCAAAUUCAGAUUUCAAGCUCCCAUGGCUCUCAAUCUUCGCCAAAAACAAACUGAAUGUAUUACUAGAAUGUUGAAUCUGAAUCAGCCUGUGAAUGCGACUGGGACGGCAAAUGUAGAGGUUUAUAAGAUCUUGAUCUAUGAUAGGUUUUCACCGUUGAUCCAUGUUAAGGAUCUUCGCAAACAUGGGGUGACCCUUUAUUUUCUGAUUGAUAAAGAUCGUAAGCCUGUUCAUGAUGUGCCUGCUGUAUAUUUUGUUCAAGCAAAUCAACAGAAUAUACAAAGAAUUAUAGCUGAUUCUUCGGCUUCACUUUAUGAUAGUUUCCACCUGAAUUUUUCGUCCUCAAUACCUCGUGCACUGCUUGAAGAUUUGGCAUCUAGGACAUUGAAUUCGGAUUCGAUUCAGAGGAUCUCAAAGGUCCAUGAUCAGUAUUUGGAGUUUGUGACUUUAGAGGAUAAUUUGUUUUCAUUGGCUCAGAAGAGUAGUUAUGUUCAGUUGAAUGAUCCAAAAGCUGGGGAUAGAGAAAUCGAGGAGAUUAUUGAGAAGAUUGUUGGUGGGUUGUUUUGUGUGUUGGCUACUGUAGGGGUGGUGCCGAUCAUAAGGUGUCCACAUGGUGGGCCGGCAGAGAUGGUUGCUUCUGCAUUGGAUCAGAAAUUGAGGGAUCAUUUGUUGUCUAAGAACAAUUUAUUUUCUGAAGGUGGGAAUUUUGUGAGCUCAUUUCAGCAUCCGAUUUUGUGUCUUUUUGACAGGAAUUUUGAGCUUUCAGUUGGGAUACAACAUGAUUUUCGAUACAGGCCACUCGUACAUGAUGUACUGGGUUUGAAGCUUAACAGAUUGAGUGUGCAGGGUGAAAAGGGUGGGAUGAAGUCGUUUGAGUUAGACAGUUCAGAUCCAUUUUGGGUGGCAAAUGGGUGGUUGGAAUUUCCUGAAGUGGCAGUGGAGAUUGAGACUCAACUGACAAAGUAUAAGAAGGAUGUUGAUGAAGUGAAUAAGAGAACGGGGGGAACUGGUGGUGCUGAGUUCGAUGGGACUGACUUAAUUGGAAACACAAAGCACUUGAUGAAUGCAGUGAACUCGCUGCCUGAAUUGACGGAGAGGAAGCAGGUGAUUGAUAAACACACAAACAUUGCAACUGUAUUAUUGGGUGAGAUCAAGGAGAGGUCUCUUGAUUCUUAUGCAAAAAAGGAAAAUGACAUGCUGGUCAGAGGAGGCAUAGAUCGAAGUGAACUGCUAGCUGUACUUAAAGGAAAAGGCAAUAAGAUGGAUAAAUUGCGGUUUGCAAUUUUGUAUCUAAUUUCUUCAGAAACUAUUAAUCCGUCAGAAGUAGAGGCUGUGGAAGCAGCACUUAGGGAGGCUGAGGUUGAUAGUAGUGCAUUUCAAUAUGUGAAGAAGAUGAAAUCAUUGAAUGUCUCAAUGGCAUCAGCAAAUUCCGCAAGUAGAAAUAACAUUGUUGAUUGGGCAGAGAAACUAUAUGGGCAGUCAAUCAGUGCUGUGACGGCUGGUGUGAAGAAUCUAUUAUCUAGUGACAGGCAGCUAGCAUUGACAAGGACUGUGGAAGCUUUGAUGGAGGGGAAACCAAAUCCAGAAAUUGAUCCGUACCUCAUGUUUGAUCCUCGUGCUCCUAAGACAGGCUCUGGUAGCAGCCAACUAAAGGGACCUUUUAAAGAAGCUAUUGUUUUCAUGAUUGGUGGUGGUAACUAUAUGGAGUAUGGCAGCUUGCAAGAGCUUGCAAAGCGUCAGCAGCCUAUUAAGCAUGUUAUAUAUGGAACAACAGAGAUUCUCACAGGAGCGGAGUUUGUUGAUCAGCUUGCAUCGUUGGGACAGAAGAUGGGAUUGGGCAACACAGGUGCCUCUUCAACCCAUUAACACAGAUACGUUUAUGUAUAUGCUUUUCAGUCUCUUUUGUUUGAUGGCUUACGCACCAAAAGGGGCCACUAUGUGGUUGAGAAAAUGCAGAUUUUUAAGUGGAAUAUAUAUUUGAAGGCACACUAUAUGGUCGGUCUAUGUGCCUGGUUUUUGUAAUAUCUCCUUGAUCUUUCAAAUGAGCUUGGGACCCUACUUAGUUUUUGACAAUUUAGAAGAACGUUUUAAUUUUUAUUAUAGAAGAUAGGUAUUUGCUGUUGAAAAGCUUCUAAAAUCCCCAUUGAAUUCUGUUGUUGGAAUAUAUCUGUUUCAUUUGCUGUAAUUGAAAUCAUGACCUCAGAGAAGACUUGUUUGUUAAUUUUUACCCCUAUCAAUAUAUGAGCGUUUAUUCAGAUUCAGUUGAU